AUGGAACUUCGAGGCAUCAGCUUGUGUGUACCUUUCCACGAGUACAGAGGACUUGGCGCGCCGAGUCGCACAUUGGGCCAUCUCGGCGACGUCUACCUUGAUAUCUCUGGUCACCGGCUAUUCGCGCACUUGGAGCGGGGGUGGGUCGAGUGGACAUAUUCCCUCGACUCCUCGGACGAUCCUUCGAUGAUGAGCGUCGGGGUGGCUCGCCAGCAGCUGUUUCUUUAUCCAGAUAUGCCAAAGCCAACGAAAGAUACCCAGCGGUUUCUUUGGUGCACCGGCCGCGAGGUGAACUGGUUGAACAUGAGUCUCAUCUUGGAAUACCGCGCGGAGCGAAUCAGCUCCAACGUCGGGUCAUGCUGGAACGGGCAAUUAGUAUAUGAGUAUUGGCGGCGCAACUUGUUCACAAUUGAGACGGUUAAGUCCGGAGAAAAGGAUGAAGACGGAUCGGACGACAGCAUUGUAGGAGAUGGGAUGGGUGUCUCUGACGAAAGUGACGAAGAGGAUUCACAGAACGACGAGGCAUCUAGCAAGCAGCAGAAGAGUUUGAAGAGCAAGCGCCUAAUUGCAGAAGUUGAGACUUGCGACGGAGGCGCUCCAGCGAGGAAGAAACUUAAAUUGGAAAUAGAUCCUGCUCCGCGGGUCGAUGGAAGUUCAACUGAAACAAUCGCACAGCAGUCGAAGAACCAACCAACCACGAGCGCGAACUUCGCGGACAGGAGCAGGCCACGGAAGAAUAUGAGGAGCACUGUACCAGACUGGGGAGCUCUUAGCAGCAUGCCUUAG